AUGCAGUCGAUCAGAGACUUAAAGCCCAACUUCAACGGCCCUCCUCCCUCCUCCAUGGCUGCUGGCCCAGAUGCUUAUCUCCAGGGUAACAUCAGGAUGACUCUGGAGGACCCUGAACUCUGGAAGACCUUUCAUGAAAUAGGGACGGAGAUGAUCAUCACUAAACCGGGGCGGAGGAUGUUUCCACACUGCAAAGUGAAUCUCUCCGGCCUUAUUCCAUGUGCCAAGUACAUCUUACUGGUGGACAUGGUCCCUGAGGACGGCUUCAGGUAUAAGUUGAAUAAAGAGAAAUGGGAGGUGGCAGGAAAAGCGGAGCCCCAGCCUCCCUGCAGGACUUACCUCCACCCCGACUCUCCAGCCCCGGGGAGCCACUGGAUGAAGCAGUCCGUCUCCUUCCUCAAGCUCAAGCUCACCAACAAUACACUCGACCAGCACGGUCACAUCAUUUUGCACUCCAUGCAUCGGUACCACCCGCGCUUCCACAUCGUCCAGGCAGACGACCUGUUCAGUGUCCGCUGGAGUGUUUUCCAGACCUUCACCUUCCCCGAGACUUCAUUCACAGCAGUCACCGCCUACCAGAACACCAAGAUUACAAAACUGAAGAUUGAUCACAACCCAUUUGCCAAAGGUUUCCGGGAUGAAGGCACAACUAAAAAAAGGCGUACAAACAAGAACCCAGCCUGCCUUGAGAAGCGGCCGAAGAUGUCGAGCAUCCUGAACAGGGAUUCUGAUGAUGACAGUCCACAAGAUUUUUGCCAGUCAUCAUAUGAAGGGUAUGAUGGAGAGGAGGGAGAGCUUCCCAAAAGGAAAGAGGUUGAUGUUGUCAAAGAGGAGCGUUACUCCCCGUGGGCUGCUGAGCGGGAGCACAGAGUGAGGACUGAAUCUCCUGUCGGGGCAGACGCAAGAGAUAUGUACAACGCAGAGCAGCUUGUUCCUGCUCCAGCUUCCUACCAGCCCUACAGGUUCCACGAGUAUGGAAAGUCUCCCUCUCCCUCCUCCAGCAUCGGCAGCAGCAACAGUGGUUCAGGACGCAGCAGCUUUGAGUCCAGAGUCCCUGAUGUCGCCACCGUCCCCGAUCAUGACUCUUCAAAGCCCCGUACGCAUGAGACUGGCCCUUCCCCCUGUGGCCCCCAGCACCUCCCUGGCCCCCAGGACUACACCGGGGUCCUCAACAUGACCAUGGCACAGGCCGGCAAGCCAGGGGUCAUCGGCCACCACAUCUACAGCCCCUACAGCGCGGAGCAGCCCCUGGGCCAGUGGAGCGGCCCCAGUCCCGCCCAGUAUCCCCCUCCUCACCAUCUGACGGCUGACUACACCACACAAGCUGUGCACCAUGGCUAUCACCAUGGCAACGUGGCUGAGUGGAGCCAGUACCCACUGUUCUCUUAUUCCUGCUGGUGA